CAAUCAGGCGUGACAACUUCUCAAGAAGUCCUGAACAAAAUGGAUAGAAGAAGUUCGUCGGAUUCAUCAAGAUUGAAACGGACUGGAUCAAAGACAGAAAAGAAGAUGGUGACCAGUAGCUUACUCUUUGAUGAUUCUAGCGAUGAGGAUAUCGGGAAUCUAAUGACUCCGAGUUCUAAGAGGAAACUGGACACCCCCGACUUUACGUUCACUUCACCUGUAGAAGAAUACGUGUCGCCGUGUUUUCAGGAAUUGUUGCAGAACAAUGGACCUCGUCCUAAACGUUUCCGUUCCUUUGAGAGCCGUAAAAAUCUGUUUCAAGCAACAGUUCAAAACCAGUUCUCAUCGCUUCAAAUGGAUGAAAAAGACACCAAAGAAAAUCACAAAGAGGGUACUCAUCAAGAACAGACAAACAAACCAGGAACUGGACACCUUCCACUUAAAUCAGGAGCUGGACACCUUCCACUUAAAACCGGAGACGGACAAUAUCCACUUUGCCUUCCUACUAUUAACGGAAAUGUCGUUGACCUCCACAGCAUCACGCCACAGACGCUGCACAGUGUACUACAAGGCAAAUUUGCGGACAAAAUCAAAACCUACCGCAUCAUUGACUGUAGAUACCCCUAUGAAUUCGCAGGUGGACACAUUAAGGGAGCAGAAAACAUUUUUACAGAGGAGGGUAUCCUUGAACUUCUUAAUCAAAAGAAGAAACACGGGGAAAACGAACGACACAUUCUGAUCUUUCAUUGCGAGUUCUCUUCAGAAAGAGGCCCCAAAAAAUGUCGUUUUUUACGCAACAAGGACCGCCAGGUUAAUGUUAAAUACCCCGAUCUGAAUCACCCCGAGAUCUACCUGUUGCACGGCGGAUACAAAGCAUUUUACCAAACUUACAAAGAAUUCUGUGAACCUCCUUGUUAUGUCCCCAUGCUUCACAAGGACCAUGUUAACGAGUUGAGAAUAUUCAGAAAGAAGUCCAAAUCGUGGACUGCGGGCGAGAAGAAACAAUAUGCUCUCAUGAACAUUCAACUUUAGGCAUCACUCUUAAAAGUCAUUGUCCAUUGUUCUGUAAAUAAUGGUUAUGAAAUAAAACAAGUGUUUUAUCAUUAAAAACAUUAUAAACAUUC